AUGAAGCUCAUCUCGGUCGCGCUUCUCGCGGGGCUCAUCCCGCGGACCGCCCAAGGCGACUGGAUCGACAAGGUCGUCGACAAGACCUUCGUCCGCGUCGAGACCCUCCUCGCCGGCGAGGCUGAAGACCCAUGCAAGACGGCCGUGGCUAGCAUGGUCGGCGAGGCCAGCAACGACGACUCGGUGCUGGCGAACGUGCUCGAAUCGCUGUCGCUGACGCCUUGCCGUGGCCGCUUUGGCUUCUUUACCGAAGACCAGGUGGAGGCGUGCUUGGCCGUGCAGAGCUCGCCCGAGGUGCAGGCCAUGAUUGACCAUGGCUUGAAGGACCCGGCGAUGGUGUGCGCGUGGCGCCCGUUCUGGACGCAAGCGACCGCCAACACUUUCAAUGGCGUUGCAAUCGACUCGUGCGAGCUUUGCCAGCGCACGACCGAGUUGAUUGAAGACACGCUCAAGAAGCAAGAGCUCGAGGUCCAGCUCAUCCAGCAAGGCCUCAAAAUCUUGUGCCAAUACCUUCCCGAAGCGACCAAGUGCAAGGUGAUUGAGGACCGCUUUGACGAUAUUGUCGAGUGGAUCAAGGAAGGUUUCUCGCCCAAGCGCAUCUGCAAGAAGAUCAAGCUCUGCGCUGCCAAGCGCUCCAAGAAGGGCCAUAAGAAGCGCCACGACCACGCCUUGCCCAAGCCCCUCGAUGUGCACCACAUUGAGCAACGUCCCGCUGUCGCUGCUGCCUCUGCGUCUCGUAACAGCGGCGAACUCUGCACGAUCUGCCGCGACAACGGGCGCAUCAUGCAGCAGUUUGCUGACUCGCCGCACGGCCUCGAGCUGUACAAGACGGGCAUCCAGUCGGUGUGCCGCCUCGCGCCCGACGCUGUGAGCUGCAAGUUUAUGACGACCACGUUUGACGCUCUUGCCAACGAGUUCCGCGCAGGGUCGUCGGUCGACGAGGCAUGCGCGGCCGUCAAGGCGUGCGGCUACUAUAGCACGGAGCCGACGUACUUGGGCUGCUCGUUCUGCGAGUACACGGCCGGCGUCGUUACGUCGGCAAUUAAACAAGGCGGCACGGCCACGCUGCCGACGGUCAAGCAAGGCAUUGCGAUCAUGUGCAGUGCGCUGCCCGCGCAGGCGCAGUGCAAUGUCAUGGACGCGCAAUUCGAUACGCUCGCACAACUUGUCCAGCAAGGCAAGACACCCGAGGCGACGUGCGAGACGAUCCACAUGUGCUCGCCGCGGCCGGCGUCGUCGCUUGCGGUCGUACCGUUCGCGUCCCAGGACGAGAUCGCAUGCCUCUUGUGCGAGUACACGGCGCAGGUCAUUGCGCGCGUCGCCGAGUACUCGACGGACAUGGUGCCCAUGGUCAAGCAGGGCAUGCAGCUCUUGUGCACCCAAGUGCCCGAGCCCGCCUUUCAAUCCGAGUGCAAUGCGGUUGUGAGUGUCUUUGACAAGCUGGCGUCACUCAUCGAAGACGGCACGGGCCCGACGGUGGCGUGCCGCAACGUCCAGCUCUGCGACGCGCAGCGUCUUCCCGCGUUGCCGACGAAGGCGCUCGCGCAAUUGGAGGCCAAGGUGACAGCGGUCGUGCACGGGGCGGCGCCGAAAGAAGACGAGAUUCAGUGCCUUUUCUGCGAGUACACGGCCGAGCUCAUUGCGCAAGUCAGCGCGUACUCGAAGGACUUGGUGCCGCUCGUGAAGGAGGGCAUGGAGCUUGUGUGCGGUCGCAUCCAAGUGCCCCAGUUUCAGGACGAGUGCAACGCGGUUGUCGCCAAGUUUGAUCGCUUGGCCGACCUCAUUGAAGGCGGUGCGGCGGCCCACGAUGCGUGCCGCAAGGUCCAGCUGUGCGAAGCGGCUAACGUGGUCUCGAAGGAAGUGGCAGCGCUCGAGACGCGCGUCCGUGCGGUCAUUGCUGCCACUGUGCCCAGUGACGUCGACGACCAAGUCGAAUGCGUCUUUUGCGAAUACACGGCCCAAGUCAUCAAGCGCGUCGGCGACUACUCGCAAGACAUGGUGCCCCUCCUCAAGGAAGGCCUCGCUGCCAUGUGCGGCCAGAUCCAAGUGCCCCAAUUUGAAGACGAGUGCAACGCGGUGGUUGCUAAGUUUGAUGCAAUUGCGGCGGCGAUCGAAGAAGGCGCGACCCCGGACGCGGCGUGCCACAAGGUGGCGCUCUGCAGCGGACGCAUGGCGCUCCUCGCGACCGAGAUGGCGCAGCUUGAGGCCAAGAUGCUUGCGGUCGUCGACGGCAAGACGACGCAUGCGCAAGAGGACGUGAUCCAGUGCCUCGUGUGCACGUACACGGCGCAGAUCAUUGUGCAAGUGGGCGCGUACUCGAAGGACAUGGUGCCGCUCGUGAAGGAAGGCAUGGAAGUCAUGUGCAGCCAGAUUCCGGUGCCCCAGUUCCAGGACGAGUGCAAUGCGGUGAUUGCGCAGUUCGACACGCUGGCGUCGCUCAUUGACGGAGGCGUGAGUGCGGCCGACGCCUGCGCCAAGGUGCAACUGUGCGAGAGAGCCAUCCAGCACGAAGCGACCAACGUGGAAGCGGGUCAAGCGUUUGUGAUGCACCAGCUCGCGGUGCUCGAGACCAAGACCAAGAGCCUUCUCGGCAAGAACGACCUCAUUGGGUGCCUCCUCUGCGAGUACACGGGCGAAGUCAUUCUCCAAGUGAAAUCAUUCUCGCCGGACCUCAUUCCGCUCCUGAAAGAAGGCCUCGAGGUGCUCUGCGCCCGCCUGCAAGGCACGGGCAUUGACGAGCAGUGCAAUGCGAUUGUGACCAAGUUUGACGCGCUCGCCGAGCUCAUUGAAGACGGCAAGCCGCCCAACGUGGCGUGCGCCAAGGUUGUGCUCUGCGCCGCCAAACCGAUGGUGCAGCCGGAGGUUGCCGCCCUCGAGGCGCGCGUCGCCCAGUGGAUCGCACACCCCGAGACGGUGACGACGCAGGAAGGCUGUCUCUUUUGCAAGUACGCGGCGACGUCGAUCGCAGCGGUGGCCCACGUCGACAAGUCGCAGCUGCCCAAGCUGCGUGAAGCGAUUGCAACCAUGUACAGCGUCCUUCCGCCGGCUGUCGAGUGCGAUGCGGUCAACGAGUCGUUUGAGAAGCUCGUGGCCGCCCUCGACGCGGGUGCCAGCCCUGCGACCGCGUGCGAGAGCGUCGGCCUCUGCGGCCGCCCGCGUAUCGUGGUGGCGUCGGCGCUGCUGGCGACGCAGUAG